GCCGGCGCCGUGGGCCCCCGCCCUCCCCGCCUGCCGGAGCCGCAGCGCCAGGGCCGGGCCGGGGCCGGGACCGGGGCGAGGGCAGGGCCUGGCGCGGCGCCGGGCAGUGCGGCUGCAUGAGGUUGAUGCUGCUGUGCUGCACCUGGAGGGACGAGCCUAUGGGAGAGGACGAAGGGACCGACCUGCCGGUGUGUGCGAGCUGCGGGCAGGGCAUCUACGACGGGCAGUACCUGCAGGCGCUGAACGCUGACUGGCAUGCCGACUGCUUCCGGUGCUGCGAGUGCGGGGCUUCCCUGUCCCACCAGUACUACGAGAAGGAUGGGCACCUGUACUGCAAGCGGGAUUACUGGGCACGAUUUGGGGAGCUCUGCCACGGCUGCUCCGAGCAGAUCACCAAGGGAUUGGUCAUGGUGGCCGGGGAGCAGAAGUACCACCCCGAGUGCUUCAGUUGCCUCAACUGCCACACGUUCAUCGGUGACGGGGACACCUACGCGCUGGUGGAGCGCUCCAAGCUCUACUGCGGGCACUGCUAUUACCAGAUGGUGGUGACACCAGUCAUCGAGCAGAUCCUGCCGGAGUCGCCGGCGUCCCGCAUCCCGCACACUGUCACCCUCGUCUCCAUCCCCGCGUGCUCCGACGGCAAACGCGGCUUCUCCGUUUCCAUCGACCAGGGCUGUGGCUCCGAGCACCCCCGCACUGUCCGCGUCCGCGAGGUGGAUCCCAACUGCAUCAGCCCUGACAUGAAGAACUCCAUCCACGUGGGCGACCGCAUUCUGGAGAUCAACGGCACCCCCAUCGGCCACGUCCCCCUGGAUGAGAUUGACCUGCUGAUCCAGGAGACCAGCCGCCUGCUCCAGCUGACCAUUGAACAUGACCCCCACGAGCCCCUCGCCCGCGAGUCGGGGUUCGCCUGCAGCCCCCUCCCCGCCCCGUACACACCCCUGCGUUCCCCAGCACCCCUGCCCUGUGGGGAGCCCAGCCCCACGCGCCAGCGUGCCGUCACGAGGAGCUGCAGCACGGACAAGUCUCCGGGCUCCGGCUCACUGGGGUCACCCGCAUCCCAGCGCAAGGACAUCGGGCGUUCCGAGUCCUUGCGCGUCGUCUCCCGCGCCCAUCGCAUCUUCCGUCCUUCCGACCUGAUCCACGGCGAGGUGCUGGGCAAGGGCUGCUUCGGCCAGGCCAUCAAGGUGACACAUCGGGAGACAGGCGAGGUGAUGGUCAUGAAGGAGCUGAUCCGCUUCGACGAGGAGACGCAGAGGACCUUCCUCAAAGAGGUGAAGGUGAUGCGCUGCCUGGAGCACCCCAACGUGCUGAAGUUUAUUGGGGUACUGUACAAGGAGAAAAGACUCAACUUCAUCACGGAGUACAUCAAGGGGGGCACCUUGAGGGGCCUCAUCAAGACCAUGGACAGCCACUACCCCUGGAGCCAGCGGGUCAGCUUUGCCAAGGACAUCGCUGCUGGCAUGGCCUACCUCCACUCCAUGAACAUCAUCCACCGCGACCUCAACUCUCACAACUGCCUGGUGCGGGAGAACAAGAGCGUGGUGGUGGCUGAUUUUGGACUGGCUCGGCUGAUGGUGGACGAGAAGAACCAACCCGAACAUCUCAAGAACCUGAAGAAACCGGACCGCAAGAAGCGCUACACAGUGGUGGGGAACCCGUACUGGAUGGCCCCUGAGAUGAUCAAUGGGAGGAGCUACGAUGAGAAGGUGGACAUCUUCUCCUUCGGUAUUGUCCUGUGUGAGAUCAUUGGCCGGGUGAGCGCUGACCCCGACUAUCUGCCCCGCACCACCGACUUUGGCCUCAACGUCAGGGGCUUCCUGGACCGUUACUACCCCCCCGCCUGUCCCCCCAGCUUCUUCCCCAUCGCCGUCUGCUGCUGCGACCUGGACCCCGAGAAGCGGCCGUCCUUCAGCAAGCUGGAGCAGUGGCUGGAGACCCUCCGCAUGCACCUGGAGAUCCACCUGCCUCUCAGCUCCCAGCUGGAGCAGCUGGACCGAGCCUUUGGGGAGACACACCGGCGGAGCGAGGGCGGGCUUCCCGCACCCCCGCCCCGAUAGAGCCCCCCCACCUGCACCGCACCUCUGAAGCUGUGGGAGAAGGAGCUGCACCCACCACCAGCAUCUCCUCUGGCUGCCACCACCCCCCGGGGCUGGAUCCCGGGGGCUCCCUGGAUGAGCCCCCCAACCCUGUCACCUGUGCACGGGCUGCCUGUGCCGCUGCCCGUGCUGCUGCCUGCACCGCUGCCCACGCGGCCCCAGGAGCUGGCUCUCCCCAGGGCUGUACUGCCCAUGCCGUAGCUCUUUCCCCGGAUGAGCCCCACCAGCCUCACCGUGGGGACUGUCCCUGUGUCCCCAUGUCCCCCCCACCCUGGCUCAGCUUCGCCUUUGCACGCCCGGGGGCUGCGCGGCCACCUCCUCCCGAGCCCCGGGGGCUCCCCCCAUCCAGAGCCGCAGCCUCGCGGCGGUGCCUUGGCUUUCCCUGAACUUGCACUGCGACACAGGAGGGACCCCCUGUUCCUUUAGGGGGGUACACAGCCCAUGGACCCCCCUGGGGAGCGCAGGUCCCAGGGCAGCUUCGUAGCGAUGUCUUUGUCCUUGGCCUGUCCCUCUCACGCUGCUCCUGCUGGCACCCUGGGCUUGGGGGGCUGCCAGCACCCCUGGCUGAGCGAGGGCUCCAUGAGGGGGGGACACCCCUUUGGCGUGGGGACAGGCACAUAGCGGUCCCCGCCACCCCCACGUCCAUGCUGCCCGUGCUCAUCCACGACCACGCAUCCCCAGGAUGGUCCAGAGAGACGCGGGGGAUGCGGCUUGUCUGGUCCCCUUGACCUGGGGUGGUUUUGAGGAGGGGGUUGCGCCAAGCGGUGCUUUUCAUGCUCUUUAUUCAGGUUCAUUUUUUUCUGUAAGAUAUUUAAAGAGAAGAGUUUGUAUUAUUUUUUCAUACGACGUAGCGUUUGCCAUUUGUCACUGCCUCGGUUCUGCUUUCCCAAAGGGAUGAAACUGUGAAGCCGCUCUCCGCGCGCACUCGUGCCCGGGAAGUUCAAGGCCAUGUCCUCUCCGGAGGCGGGAAGGGAGCUCAAACUGUGAUGUACCCCGAGCUGUGAGUCAAUAAAUCCUUCCCUGCUCGCUG